CUUCCCCCUCCUCGCGGAGCGCCGUUCCGCUUCCGGGCGGCGAGAUGACGGGCCGCGGGACGGCCAGCCGCUUCUUGACGGCCGUGCUGCACAACGGCGUGGGCCGCUACGUGCGGCAGCUGCAGCGGCUGCAGGUGGUGUUCAGCCCCGCCGCGCCCGACGCCCGCGGAGCCAGGCAGUUCGUGGAGGAGGAGGCGGUGGACUUCGCCCGGCGGCACCCGGACGUGGUGGUGUACGUGCGGCCGUGCGACUGCCCCGCGCCCGUGCUGCAGGCCGAGUACCUGAACGGCACGGUGCGGGAGGAGCUGAUCGCCAGCAAGACGAGCGAGGAGAUCGUGCAGCUGGCCGCCAAGCUGGCCUCCCAGUCCGGCCUGGACAUCGUGCGCAUCCGCAAACCCUUCCACACCGCCAACCCCAGCGUGCAGGGCCAGUGGCACCCGCUCACCAACAAACCCUCCGCCCUCACCGUGCGCGGCCCCCGCACGGCGCCGCAAUAAAGCCGCACGCUGAAGCACCGCCGCUUCCACGCA